GUCACCGGAAUGUUCAGGAAGGCGUUCAGUAUUGCGUCAGUGUUGAACGCGCGUCUCAGAGGUGAAUUAGACAACAAACUGAGCGAUCAACAGCAGCGAUGUUUCUGUCACGUGUGUCGUGUUUGCGGACCGUGUCUGUGGCCGGUGUCCGGUCAGUUCUGUCUCCGAGUCCCGCCGGACUCAUGAAGAGCUGCUCCCCCGUGAUGAGGUCACAGCAGGGCUUUUCCUCCAAAUCCAGAUUAGGAUUCAGACGAAACAAGACUUCCAAAGAACAGUUUCAGGAUGCAGCGUUUCAACCUGCUACAAACACCGCUAUUAAAAUCGACAACAUGGGCAGGUUGAUUGUGGCAGGAGGUGCGGCGGUGGGAUUGGGAGCUUUGUGUUAUUAUGGACUCGGAAUGUCGAAUGAGAUGGGAGCCAUUGAGAAAGCCGUCAUCUGGCCGCAGUACGUGAAGGAGAGGAUUCACUCCACAUACAUGUAUUUCGCAGGCAGCGUGGGACUGACGGCGCUCUCCGCUGUAGCCGUUAGCAGAACGCCAGCGCUCAUGGGACUCAUGAUGGGAGGAUCCUGGCUGGCGAUUGGGGCAACGUUUGCUGCCAUGAUCGGUGCAGGAAUGUUGGUGAGGUCAAUCUCGUACGAGCACAGUCCUCUGCCGAAACACCUGGCCUGGGCGCUACAUGCAGGUGUCAUGGGAGCCGUUAUUGCUCCAUUAACUCUGUUGGGUGGCCCUCUGAUGAUUCGAGCCGCUUGGUACACCGCAGGCAUUGUGGGUGGUUUGUCAACCGUGGCUGUUUGCGCUCCCAGCGAGAAGUUUCUCAGCAUGGGCGGUCCGCUCGCCGUGGGCUUCGGCGUGGUGUUCGCCUCUUCUCUGGGCUCCAUGUUCCUGCCGCCCACCUCAGCGCUGGGGGCCGGUCUGUACUCGGUGGCGGUUUAUGGAGGUCUGGUUCUGUUCAGCCUGUUCCUGCUGUAUGACACGCAGAAAGUCAUCAAGCGCGCGGAGACGCAUCCUCUGUACGGGGUUCAGAAAUACGACCCCAUUAACGCAUGUAUGGGCAUCUACAUGGACACGCUAAACAUCUUCAUGCGUCUGGUGAUGAUUCUCGCCAACGGUGGAAACAGAAAGAAGUAAACGUCAGCAGACAUCGAGACAUGAGACCGUUCUGAUGGGACACAUCAAGAAGAAAAUAUAGCUGCAUUUAAUCAUUUAAAAGCAGUAAAAACAUUCAGUUGCUCUCAGCUCAAUUACAUAUUGCAUAAUGUUAUUAUUAUUAUCAUCUUGUGUAAUUAUAAAGAAUAUUUGUGUUUUAUUUUAUUAGUAAGUGUUUAGCUCAGAACUGAGUUAUUGCAGAAAGUGAAGCUGCUUAAUCUGUUUUACAAGAGAACGCUUGUGUCACACUUAUUCUUAUAUUCCUGCAGUUUCACAUUUAUGGUUCAAUAAACUUUAUUUGCAUCUUCACUUACUAGAUCUUAAUUGCACAUUUUACAGCAUUCAAGACAUGAAAUGAGUACAACCCCGCUUUAAAAAU